CCCUUAAAAAAUGCAACAAGAUCAAUUGUAUGAACUCGAUUUCAAUAAUUUUAUUGAAGUUAAUCCAACACCUCCUCAGCAUCAAUCUAGCUUCGAAGAAUCAAUGCUUCUCAAUUGGAAUUUGAAAGACAAAGCAAAACACAAUGUAUCACAAGACAUUGAUCCAAGAGCAGCUCAGUUAUAUUCUUCACCUUUAAGUUCUCCCACAAACGGUUUUCCAACACCAAUAUCUGAAGACUUGUUAACGAAUACACCUGAGAACAAAACGCUUGAUCCAUUGUUUCCUUUGCUUGAUAUUUCUCCCAUUGAGCAGACUUUUAAAACAGUGGGUCCGUUGUGUCAGUUACAAAAAGCUGAUCAAGACAAAACUGCUAUCAAGCUAGAAGAUCAUGAAACACGGCGUUGGAGACAGACAAACAGAAACCUUUCUAGUUCAACUACUGUUUCUCAAUUAGUAGCCAGUGCCUUUGCUACUGUUGAUUUUACUAUCCGCAACAAAGAGUUACUUGAGAGUCAACAAGAACAAGCGUCUUUUGGACCUGAUCCGGACUUCAAGCUUAGAAAAGUAGCGCAUAAUGCGAUUGAGCGCCGUUACCGAAACAACAUCAAUGAUCGUAUCCGGGACUUAAAGAACGCCGUACCAGCUCUCUAUAUGGCCAAAGUCAAGAAAGAUAAACGAUCCAUGAGCAACAAAAAAGGCGAGGAUAUCCAAGAAACUUCGUCUAGUGAAGAGGACUCAGAUGCUAAAGAUUCGGAGGAUGAUAGUAGUAGUCAUGAAUCCAAGAAGCAGCGCAGCAAGCAAAACACCAUAGGCGAGAUUAUUGAAGGUGUAGAAGUUGCUCGUAAACUCAACAAGGCAACUAUCUUACAGAAAGCAACUGAGUAUAUUCAUUAUCUAAAGCGUACGAUUGCACUAGCUGAACGAGAAAGUCAAAUACUACAACAUAUUAUAGCUCAAAUGCCAGAUGGAAGUAAAUUUCUGUCUAGUUUCCAAACACAAAAGGUUGAGUUUCAACAAGCAGAACAAGAAAGACUUAUGAACGAGAGAAAAGCUAACAUCGAGAAAGAAAGGCAACUGCGAGAACGUAUGCUUCGUGAGCGUGCUGCAGAACGUGCUGCUCUGGCCAGAGUGUUACCCAAACGUGAAAGAAGACCUUAUCAUCGCAAAAGCAAACAAGAAUUAGAAGAGAAAAGGAGACAAGAGAAACUACUCAAGAAGAAGCUCAAGUCUGAAAAACAAGAGCAAGUAAUGCCUCAUUAUAACGAAUAAUAUCCCAACAAUGCACUGUGUUAUGCAAAGUAUUUCGCUUUUAAGAAUUCAUAUGUCACUGGCUUGCACAUCAUUUAUGCUUUAUGAUCUAUUGUAUAUGCUAUUUUUCUUUUUUUUUCUGAACACUUUUAUACCCUUU